GGCUGAAGGCGGAAGCGUGUAAGUUUCGUGAUGGAAAAAAGUUCUCAUGUUUGUAUCUGAACCAGUAAAAAAACUUCGUCGUUUCUCGACUUUCAUUAGACUGCGUUGAAGCCGUUUCAAGACACUAAAGGGACCAGUGCUUUAACAGAAUGGGGAGCGAACCAGGACCAGUUCAGAUCGUCACGGUGUGUAAGGAGAAUCACUCAUUUGCAUUGGAUACGGAGGCUUUGGCUCAGAUUCUCUUGGCUCCUGAAGUCAGAGACAAACAUGUGGUGGUGCUUUCGGUGGCUGGAGCUUUCAGGAAGGGAAAAAGCUUCCUGCUGGAUUUCAUGAUCCGUUAUAUGUACAGAAAGGGUGAUGAUAGCUGGCUGGGUCAGGAGGAUGAGCCUCUAACAGGUUUUUCUUGGCGAGGUGGUUCAGAACCAGAGACAACAGGCAUCCAGCUGUGGAGCGAAGUUUUCCUCGUCCAAAAGAGUGAUGGAACAGAGGUGGCUGUUUUGUUGAUGGACACUCAGGGAGCGUUUGAUGACCAGUCAACCGUGAAGGAUUGUGCCACCAUCUUUGCCCUCAGCACCAUGACCAGUUCUGUUCAGAUAUACAAUCUCUCACAGAACAUUCAAGAGGACGACCUGCAGCAGCUGCAGCUGUUUACAGAGUAUGGCCGUCUCGCGAUGGAUGAGAUCUUUCUGAAGCCCUUUCAGUCGUUGAUGUUUCUAGUUAGGGACUGGAGCUUUCCUUAUGAAUACAACUACGGAUUUAUAGGCGGCAGUCAGUUCCUGGAUAAACGUUUACAGGUUAAGGAGGCCCAGCAUGAAGAGCUGCAGACAGUGAGGGAGCACAUCCACUCAUGCUUCACCAACAUUUCCUGUUUCUUGUUGCCUCAUCCUGGUUUGAAAGUUGCUACCAGCCCUGCUUUUGAGGGACAACUUUGUGAUGUGGCCAAAGAGUUCAAAGAGCAGCUGGAGAUAUUUAUUCCUAAACUGCUGCAUCCAGACCGCCUGGCUGAGAAAGAAAUAAAUGGGAACAAAGUCACUUGCAGAGGCCUGCUUGAGUUCUUCAAGGCUUACAUCAAGAUUUAUCAGGGAGAGGACUUACCACAGCCAAAGACUAUGCUUAUGGCUACAGCAGAAGCCAAUAAUUUGGCAGCCGUGGCAACAGCUAAAGAUCAGUAUUACAAGAACAUGGAGAAGGUCUGUGGGGGGGACCUGCCCUACGUGUCUCCCGACUCUCUCGAGGAGAAGCAUCACUUUUACGUUGGAGAAGCCCUUCACAACUUUUCAUCCACCAAGAAGAUGGGCGGGCAGGAUUUUUGUGACCGUUACCGAGAGCAGCUGGAAAAGGAGCUUGAGGAAAUGUGGCUGUCUUUCAGCAAGCACAAUGAGUCUAAGAACUUGUUCAGCGCCUUCCGGACACCUGCCGUGCUCUUUGUCCUGGUCUGCCUCCUCUACGUGGUGUCAGGAGUGUUGCUCUUUGUUGGUCUGUCCACCUUUGCCCUGGUGUGUGACUGCACUCUGGGCUUGGUCAUGAUGGCAAUCCUGAUGUGGGCCUUCAUCCGCUACUCCGGUCGCUACCGGACAGUAGGAGGAGCCAUCGACCAGGCCGCAGGUGUCGUCCUGGAGCAGGCCACUGUGGCGUUGAACAAGUCGAGAGGCACAAGCAUCAGGGACCAAAGGAAAACCGACUAGAUGUCCGCUGGACUCACCCAGUCUCGAUUCCGAGAGAAGCGCACACGAAACAAACACAUUCAGCACUAAAGCCUGAUCAUCCAUCAACUAUUGGCGCGAUAACAGCGCCAUGCCAAUUCACCAGCAUCUCUAUUAUGCAAAUUACACAACCUGCGUUAGUCCCCAGGCUUAAAGACGAAGACUUAAACAUCCCAAACUUUAAUAGUUCAUGUUGUUAAAGGAAACUGCCCUCAUCAAUAAGUUUACAAUUGGUUUUAAUUGACAACUAAAUGUCCAUCCUUGAAAUUUAAAGAAAAAGAAAAAAGGGUAUUAUUUUUCUAUUUCAGUUGAGUGCACCUAACUCGGCUGAAUGCUGGUGAGACAUGGGUAGUCUGGAUCAUUUUCAUAGCUUCUGCAGUUCAUAUUUAAACUUAAAAAAUACAGCUUUAAAGCUUAUGUGUGUAUACAUGUUUCCUUGGCUCUAUGUUUUCUUUUUCUUUUACUCACAAGCCUUAAACAUUCCAUGAUGUUUGCAGAUUUGCUUUAAACUUGAUAUAAACAAGCAUUUCUUGGAGGGUGGGGAACAAUUAACACAAUUUCUAUGUACAGUAGCGCUGCAGGUUUGAGGAGCUGCAUGUACUGGAGCUGAAAUGUAUUUGUUUCAAGUGUAUUCCUCUACGGAAAUGUGUUAUUUUUAGUACUUAAUGUACAAGAUGCUAGAAAAUUCCUUUUACUGCAUCGUAUAUUCUCUUUAAAGGUUCAAACUCAGAAUGAAAGCCAUUAUUGGAAAAAUAUAAUGAGCAGUCAGCCAAAGAUUAAGCUUUACUUGCUAUUACUUGUUUGAGUUAUACUCUGAUGUUUACUCUUAUCACUUCAAAUAUAGAUGAAGACAAGCUUAAAUACUUUCAGUGAUUUCAAUUGCAAUGGGAAGAAAACACUUAUUGUAGGUAUAUUGUACAUAAAACAAAUAACUAGCAUGAUGUUCAAAUAGACCAAAAUGUAAGUGAAAACUAGCAGUGAGACAGGCAGCUCCUCUGUGCUUUUUGUAUAUUUUUUGGGACACUACAACACUUACGAUAACAUUUAGUAACUGUUACUUGCAUUGUACAUGCAAUGUUUAUCCAUGCCUCCAGUUCAGAAAUGAUCUUCUCAUAUCAUACUUAAAUUCAUAAUUGCAGGCGCUACUGAGACGCCCAUUAAAUCGCUGUUAUGUCUUAAGUAGAGUUAACAUUGGCAACCUGGCUGCAAAUAAAGAAGGUUUUUAAGUUGAAUCCCAAUAAUUCGAACAAAAACUACAAUUUCAAUUUGGUAUCAACUUCUCUUUUGGAUAAAAUAAACAUUACACUUAAACCUCUAAAGCUCCCAGUACUCUGGUAACAGCUUAGCUUCGCAUAUUAGAAAAAAUUACAGAUUUAGGAUGACUUAAUUAUUCCAGCAUGUAGCAGCCAGUUGACCAAUCAGCUGUGCAUUUCCACCACUCAAGUGGAUUUACUAGGUUUUCUUUGUGGGACCAAGCAAGGCUUCUUAGGUCGACUCAGAGUGAAUGAGGCAGUGGAUUAAAGGACAGUGAUUAUUUGCAACAAUCCCCAAUAUCUCUGAAUAUGAUUUAAUACUAUUUUUUUGUUUAGGUAACUUUUGAUUGGAGAAGUGAAAUGGAAAGCAAUUUAAAAUAUCUAGAGGAUUAUAUUUGACCUGACAGCAGGAUACUUACUGAGUACAAUGACGACAACAGUAAGCACUUUAACAACUAAUAUUUUCCACUCUCAGACAUAAAGUUGAAACACAAAGAGCGUAUUAAUCAGACUUUAUGCUUAUACUUAUUACAUUGGUAUGCUAUGAAUGCAGGGUUAAGAGUGACUGUAGAAAUUGAGCAGGUAUAUGAUGUUUGACCAUCAGAUGCACUUUGUAAGUCUCCCUUUCCACAAGGACGAGGAAACUUCAGGAUGGUUUACAAGCAGUUACAUUUGCACUUCCUCUCCUCUUUGGUGCUUUUUGCACACAGCUUGUUACAAAGGUGAAUAAAUUCAUGCAAUAUUGUAGUAAUGGGCAAUGUAAUCAUGUCUUACAAGGGUUUAGUAGCCUUUAUUUGAGGAAUGCUGUUUUAUAAACAAUAAAGAGAGCUUGACACCUUUAAA